CUUCCUGUCUUCCUUCAGUCACCCCACAAUAUCUUGACAGGGACGGUGUGGAACUACCUACUGUGAGCGUGUCUUGUCUGUGUCUGCCUAACCCAAGAUCCAUUGGUCGAUUUUGAGCAUCGAUACGUCAACAUACACUAUAAGUGCACGGACUUUCACAAUAUAUGUAGGUAGUCUACGAUGGGUAGUCGUGGAAUACCAUCGGUGACAAUAUCUCGGAGCCGACCUGCAUCAUCGUGUUGCUGCCUUCAUCUCCAGUUCUUGCAGACUGUUCCUGGGACCUUGAAAUUGGCUCAGCUGAUGAUCGGGAGUCUCUGUGAGAGUCUGCUUGUGACCUAUGGCUUCGGUUAUUCGCAAGUGAUAGGUCCCGCCUUUCCCUCGCUACUCACCACAACGUCCAGUUGUCUCUGGACUACCUCUCUGCUACUAGUCUGUUACGUGUUCUCCCUCAACUCCUUCGGGCUCAUCAGGUCGUCUGUCCUUGAGCCUCUUUACAACAUAGUGGCAGCAGUGUCUUUCCUGAGCUCUUCCAUCUACAUGUUCUUCUCCGUCAAGAUGUACCUCUACCCUCUCUACAUUGUUACCAUCGGAUUUGCCGCAUAUCCAGCCAUGAUGGCUGCUUAUAUGCUAGGAUUUGUGAUGUCCAUCCUGCAUGGACUGGAUGCCUACCAUGCUUUUAGGCACUACAAGGGUAUUGCAAUGUAAAUUUAAAUAUAAAAAUAAAUAAAUAAAAAAAUAAA